GAAAUGGGCGUGGCUUACGUUAUUCAUUUCGAUACAGGCUAGUUUAUGUUAGCUAGCUACGUAACUUGGCUAGCUGUCUGAAAUCUAACGUUAGUAAUACUGUCAUGGUAACAAAUACUAUUAGAAAGGAUACAGUGUUAAUUAGAUAGAUUGAUAAAAGCAGAGUCAACACAACAACCUCGACCAGAGAGUGACAUAACAGACUUUCACGUUUCCUGUUCUUGUGGCUGGAAGCAGCAUGGAGGAGCAAGAAAACAAUAUGAUAGAUGUCACUGUGAAAACUCUGGACUCUCAGAGCAGAAGCUAUACUGUGAGAGCACAGAUCACUGUGAAGGAGUUUAAAGAGCACAUAUCUCCCUCAGUGGGAAUACCUGUUGACAAACAGAGGCUGAUCUACCAGGGAAGAGUGCUUCAGGAUGAGAAAACUCUGGCAGAAUACAACGUCAAUGGUAAAGUCAUUCACCUGGUGGAGCGAGCCCCGCCCCAGACAACUCAGUCAGGAUCAGGCUCAGGGGGAGUACCCGGGACUUCAGGAGCCUCACAGAGUGGAACCACCACAACUCCUCAGGCCAUGCCUCACGGAGCCACACAUGAUCGCAAUGCUAAUAGCUACGUUAUGCUUGGUACUCUUAAUCUCCCAGUGAACGUCAUGGACCCCCAGCAAAUUCAGAUGUCUAUCCAGCAGAUAAUGGCGGGCCUCGGGGAGGGUGUUAGGAAUACACGAGUCAGCAGCAGUAAUGGGAACAACGGCUCAGUGAAUGUUGAUAUGGAUCAGACCCUGCAGAGUGAGCCCAGACUGCGGCUGCUCCUGGCUGAAAAUUUGUUGCGAGACACCGUUGCCCUGAUUCAGAGACUGGAGGGUCAGCCCAUGGAUGGUUCCUCAGCUCAGGAUUCUGCACCGCCUCCUUCUUCCUCCACCUCUACACCUUCUCCUUCUGUCCAGCCCAUGGACACAUCCCCCCCUCCAUCCAGCUCACCUCCAUCAUCCUCUACGUCCACUCAGACUGAUAAUGCACCUCCUCCUCCUCCUCCUUCAGGCCCCAACCACCCCAGCCCUGCAGAAAUGGUCGAGAUGUUAGGAGAGCUGAGAAGAGUAGAAGAGAGACUCCAGCCAUUCAUCCAGAGAGCUCACUCCAUCCUGGAGGCAGCCACCACUGCUGAUUACAACAAUAAUACACAGGAGAGAGAGGAGGACCAGCAUGUUCUAAACCUGGUGGGAGAAGCUCUUCGGCUCUUAGGAAAUGCUCUGGUUGCCCUGAGUGAUCUGCGCUGUAAUCUGUCCAGUGCACCUCCCCGUCACCUGCAUGUGAUCCGGCCCAUGUCUCACUACACUUCCUCCGUUCUGCCACCAGGUGGAGUGCAUCACAUGCCUAUACAGGUUAAUUUGGGGACCACAGUGACCAUGUCAACUAACGGCAGACCACAAGCUGAGAGUCACUCUCAACCUGCUGACCAAUCAGAACAACAAGGGCAGGGACAAACACCCACCCCACAGCCAGGUAUGGCCAAUCAGCAGACUGGACAGCCAGGGCCCAGAGUGAUACGCAUAAGCCAUCAAACCAUGGAGCCAGUGGUGAUGAUGCAGAUUAACAUUGAUGAUAAUGGAAGCAAUGCCCACGCUGCUGGACAACAGAAUGCUGCUGGUCCCGGGCAGCCUGGCACAACUCCUGUACAGAUACCGGGUUUACCUCCAGAAUUCAUGCAAGCCAUUGUAAAUCAAGUUACUCAACAAGCUAUGGCCAUGGCAAGUGCUGCCGCUGCUAGUCAACAUGGACAACAAACCCCAAACCAUGCCACAGGUCCCGCCCCUGCCGGCACAGGUCCCGCCCCUGCCGGCACAGGUCCCGCCCCUGCCGGCACAGGUCCCGCCCCUGCCGAUACAGGUCCCGCCCCUGCCGAUACAGGUCCCGCCCCUGCCGGCACAGGCCCCACCACUGCUGGCACAGGCCCCACACCUGUUGGUACAGGCCCUGCCACAGCUGGUACAGGCCCUACUCCCCCUCCCUUUCCCCCUCACCCACAUCAAGCUAGGUUUGUAUUCACCUUGCCUUCCUUUCCUCACCGCAUGGCAAAUCCUUCCUUCACCACCAGAGGAACCACCAUCAAUCUGCGAACUGCUGUUCCUCCUAUGAUGGGCCAGCAUCCAGGCCAGGCUACGCCCAUGAAUCCAGCUGCUAUUAAUCAAAUGAUUAGUGGAAUGAUGGGACAGCUCUUGACAGGGGUUUCAGGCCAGAUGACCAGUGAGGCCACUACCUCCUCCUCGUCGUCCUCCUCCUCCUCUCACACAUUCACAUUUUCCACCUCAUCUUCCUCUUCAUCCUCUUCCUCAUCCUCAACCUUUCCCCCAUCAUCUGAAUCUACCACCAGUGCCUCAGGAACCACACACUCCACAAGCACCACUGCAAGCACUGCUCCCCAGCCUGGCCCACCCCCCGCACCUGCUCAAGGGGCUCCCCUAAUGGGCAACUUGGACCAGCUUCUAGGCUCUGUCCUCGGAGGGGUGGCUGCUGCUGGCCAGGCUCCAGGAGCAAAUCCUUCUGUUACUGUGACCAUGCCAGGGAUACCUGCCUUUAUUCAGGGAGUCACUGACUUCAUACAGGCCUCACAACAGAGCCAUGUUCAGCCCCCCACAGCUCAACCAUCAGGUCCCACUCCUACUCCUCCUACUGCUGAACCACAAUCAGAGCCUGCAGAAGGUGCCGCAGCUGAAGAAGUCCUGAACACAGAGCUAUUCACUGGGAUAGUGCAGGGGGUCCUUUCCACUAUGAUGGGCUCUCUAGGUGCCCCACACAACAACACUGAGAGCAUUGCUCAGUUCAUUCAGAGACUCUCCCAGACCAGCAACAUUUUCACCCCCAGCACAGGAGAAGCCAUGGGUUUCUUUGGCGACCUGUUGACUCUUGUGUGCCAGAACUUCUCCAUGGUGGACAUGGUGCUGCUGCUCCAUGGUCAGUCUCAGCCACUAAGCCGUAUCCAGCCCCAGCUAGCCCAGUUCUUCUCAGAACACUAUCUGCAGGGCAGAGAGCCUACCGAAGCAAACAUAGCAGCAGCUGCUGAUAAUCUAAUCGGGGAACUAGAUGAAUAUAUCACAGAGAGUUUCUCGUCAGUUACAGUACGGGAUGGGGUGGACAUCACUCAGACAAACCGAUCUUUUCUAAGACAGCAGCUUACUGACAUUGCCACGCACAUUCUUCAGUGCACGGAUCACACGUUUGGACCGCACUUGCUGCAGCUGUGUAACCGUGCACUUUUUGAGUGUUUGGCCCUCAAUCUGUACUGCCUGAGAGGAGAGCAGGGUGCCCUUACUGCAGUCAUCAACAACCGCAUUAGGACCAUGUCAGCAGAGGUGAACCCUAGUGUAGUGAACUGGUUGACCAGUAUGAUGACUAUGAGACUGCAGGUCAUUCUGGAGCACAUCCCAGUCACAGAGGAGCAAAUCCUGCAUUACGUUGUCCACACUCAGGGUGAAGAAGCAAGAGAGGCACAUGAGUCAGAAAGUCAUCCUAUGGAGAUGGAUGACACUCUCUCUCCCACUCCAGCUACCACAGCAGAGGAGGCCAUGGUGAGCUCCCAGGAGGAAGGGGCAGUUGGAGGUUCAGCUGGAGAGACGGGGGAAGCAGCAGGUGGAGAGGAGCCUGGAGAAGAGGCUGAAGCCUGGGCAGCUGCUUUACCACCUGAGUGGGUGCCCAUCAUUAGACAGGAUAUAAACAGCCAGAGGAAGAUGAAGGCCCAGCCUCCGCUAUCUGAUGCAUAUCUCCAAGGGAUGCCUGCAAAGCGCAGAAAGACAGCACAGAGUGACGGUCCCAAACUCACACUCUCUGAGGCAGUGAGCCAAGCAGCGAAAUCAGUUGGCGUCACACCUGUCACGUCACCCAGUGCCUUACAGGAAGAUCUUGAGAGACCAGAACUACAGGAGGCAUACGCACAACAGAUGAAAAAUGACAUCAAACAACGAGUAAGAGAGGACCCCAAUUUCAGCUCUAGAAGGUUUCCCAACACAAACACAGUCUUCUCACCAGACUCAUAACCAGCAUAUGUCUGCUCCAUGGCCCGCCUUCCUCUGCUGCAUGUGUAUGCUCUUUCUGGUUUCUUUUUAAUUAUUUGAGUUUAAACAAGAUCUACAAUUUUGAAACUAUCAGAAGAUUUUAUGCUGUCUUACUGCUUAUGACUCUAGUAUUAAAUUAUUAGACAAGACUGCAUUAUGGAUUGUCCAAGAACUGGUCUAUGACCAUUUUGCUCCUGUUUGUGAAAAGGAUGCGCAGCUGGAACUUGGAAAGAAAACAAGGAGGAAGAUAAUGUCAGACAUGUAAGAAAAGCCACAGUGUGUAUGUCAGCUGUGACUGCUGAGGCAAGGCAAUGUCAUGACAGGUGCAUUUCAUAGAUUCUGUCUUGGCAGAAAGCUAAUUAAAAAAACUUCUUCAUUGUCCGCACAUGAACGAGUCCUUACCUUCUCCAUGUGCCAAGAUCAUGUUCAGUGUCUGUUUAUAUAACUAUCAUUUAAUAACACUGAUAUUUCAGAAUACCUUGCUCCUAUGUUUAAUCUCUUAAAGUAUUAAAAAAGUGCUAUUGUUACAAAGGUAAUUCCAUGCAAGUGGUAACCUUGGAGUUGUUGGGAACCUUGGAGCAGAAGGUUAUAAAAGUGCGGGUUAAAAAGGUUAAAAAAGAAAAGGCAGUAAGGUCUAAAAUUACCAGGUCUGUUUGAAGGCAGUAUGUCCAUUAAAUAAUGAGAGGGAUUGAAAACCCAUUAAAUAUUUAACUUAUUUUUUUUCCUGUUUAAUGUCCUCAAUAAGGCUGAGGUUAAAUUCAGGCUGGAGGAGAUUCUGAUUGUUUAUUCUUAAUUUUCUUUGUUUCAUACAGUUAACCAUGCAUCCAUCUGAUCUCUGUAGUCUGUGAAGGGCUGAUUCAAACCUGUCCCAUCCAUAGCACAUGCUUUACUUUAGUAAUAUGUAUAUACCAAAUCAACAAAUAUUUUUAAGACUAUAAUUACUGUGUUUAUUCGAGCCUUUUUAAUAUAUGUAAAAUUUUCCUGCAUAAGUCUUUAACAUUCACAGUGUUUGUUAAAUGUAUUGCCUCUUCAACAAAAACUCAUCACCCAAAAAACCUGCUUUAUAUCUUUUAGAACAAUCUUCAGCAGUAGGAUUUACAUCUAUGAUCACAAUAAGAUGUACAUUCUCACUGAUAUGACGUCAGUAUCAGUUCAAAUGUCAAAUCUGUAACGCUGGAAUUUCCCCCCAGAUUUUUUUUCUCUUUUUACUUUCCAGCUUGCCUGCUGUGUAAUUCAGAGAAAAAAAGUAACAUUGAAUUUUGACAUUAUGAAUGUAAAAUGCCUAAAAUUAAACGGCUUUGCGACAUAAACAUAA